UGCACUGACUGCACUUGUUGCUUGACAAAAGCCUUAUAGUUUGAGGAGUGAAUUAUUCGGACUCAUGCUCGGGACGGUUGUGUAAAUAUCGAUUUACCACGUCAGCGAGAUUUUUGAUUGUGAAGUAAAAGAAAUUAAAACUGAUGGUACUAAAACCGCGGACUCGGACAAAGUGAAAUUUGUGACUUGUGGAAUAAUCGAGCUCUUCGCGUGUGAAAAAGUUGCGUCGCGUCGCAGCUGCAUCGUUGAAAAAACACUGUAUUUUAACAAUCUUUUUUUAUACAUGAAUUGCAAAUAAGUGCUUUUUAAAAUUGAAAAUAAUCAAAAAAGGGAAUAAAUUAAUUUUUUCGAUAACCUUCAAAAUGAUGCACGUUCAGCCCAAGCUGGAUUUUCCAAUUCGCAAAAAAUCGACGUUUUAUGGAGCCAAAGAAAAUUCUCCGACACAAGAUUUUACUAAUGCUACUUUGAGAUUAACUCCAAGUACAAGAUACACCCCGAAAGUAAAAAAAAUUGUUGCAAUCAGCAGCAGUAGUGAGUCUGACUCUGAUUUCGAUGUCGAAAAUACCGAUUCGAAAAACAUUAAAAAUACGCCACGCAAGCGUGUCAAUGCUACAAGAACCCCAAGAAGAACGAGGAAAAUCUCGGACAGUAGCGAAGAUGAGCAUGGAUCGACUCCGCCGAAACAGAAGAAAGGUGGCAAGCAGCCUAUGACUCCAUCAGGACUCUUGGACCGUUUGAAUCUGGAAGAUUUGUCAGGAACAGCAGAAAAAUUGACACCUAAAAGGUUAUUUCCUUCGGCAAAGUAUCAGAACGCAAGGCGAGCGCUGCACAGUUCGGCGCCAGAGAAUCUGCCAGGCAGAGAGUCAGAGCUUUCACAAUUGCGUACUUUUCUCUCAGAACACUUGGCCAGUGAAAGUUCAGGUUCACUGUACGUCUCAGGUCCACCAGGAACAGGAAAAACUGCAUGCUUAUCAUGUAUCAUGAGAGAAAAAGAGUUCAGCAAGCAUUUUCAGACGAUUUAUGUAAAUUGCACAUCAAUGAAGUCCGCAAGUACAAUUUAUUCGAAAAUAAUACAAGAGCUUGGACUGCCCUGCACGAAAUCUGGAAGAAACAGUAAAUCAACUAUCGAAAAGUAUCUUGUCAAAUCGCACAAAAUGAUUUUGUUGAUAUUGGAUGAAAUUGAUCAACUGGAGAGCUCAAGACAGUCUGUUCUUUACUCCAUUUUCGAGUGGCCUUCUCUUGCAAAUUCCAAAUUAAUUCUCGUCGGUAUUGCCAAUGCGCUUGAUCUCACCGAUCGAAUUUUACCAAGACUCCAAGCAAGGUGCGAACUCAAACCAAAAUUAAUGCACUUUGCGCCUUACAACAAACGACAAAUCGCUGAUAUCAUCACUCAACGUUUGAGCGAAGCCAAUGUUAGCGAUGUUUUCACAAACACUGCUGUGCAAUUACUCGCUGGUAAAGUUGCGGCCAUAUCAGGUGAUGUCAGACGUGCUCUUGACAUCAGCAGACGAGUCAUUGAACUCUCAGAGACUGAAAAAAUGACACAGGUUUUGAAACCAAACGUUGACAAUGAAAUGAACAGUGGAAGUCCAAAAAAACAACAACCAGCGGUGGAUCGACCUGUCGAUCUCAAAGAAGUUGUUAAAGUAUUGAACGGCGUUUAUGGCGGUUCGCAGAAUAUUGAUGAGGACGAAAGCACGUUUCCACUUCAGCAAAAAGUUUUAUUAUGCUCGUUAAUGCUAAUCCUCAACAAGGGCAGAAACAAGGACGUAACUAUUUCCAAAUUGCACGAAGUCUACACAAAAGUUUGUCGCAAGCGCAACAUUUACGCAGUUGACAUGUCCGAAUUUGUGAGUCUUUGCUCGCUAAUUGAGACUCGAGGAGUUGUGCGACUCACGACGAAGAAGGAGCCGAGAUUAUCAAAAGUUAAUUUACAAUGGGACCAGGAAGAAUUGGCAGCAGCAUUGCAAGACAAACAGAUGAUGUACGGUAUAAUGAACGACGAGACGUGUCUCUAGCCGUUGAAUCGAUACAAUCAUAAAGAAAUAGAUAUACAAUUUUGAUAAAUUAAUAUAUUAAUUGCACGUUUCGAAGCAUCACGAAGAAUGAAAGAAGAGUGAAGGGAUUUUCAUUUGUUUUUACUUUUAAAAUGCGUUCACAACAAAGUUGAGUAAUUUGUGAACACUCGAGAGUUUGUUGGGUGAAUUUUUUGAUAUAAUUACUAUUAAUUUUAAUAUAAUAAUAAUAAUAAUAAUUAAUAUUUUUAAUGUUUCUAACGGUUUUUCCUUAUGAAUCUUUUGCUCCGAACGAUUCACUUUUGAGGGAGUUUUUUUUCAAUUAAAUUUUUGAUGUACAUACUGUUUUUAAAACUAAUAAAAAUUGUUGAAUCUGUA